AUGCACAAAGUGCCGGAGGAUGUCUUGAACCGUGGGUCUCAGUGGCCUCCAAAAUGGCCAUUAAGGUUGGAAAAACCACCAUACUGGUUAAAGUCUCAGCCUGAUGUUGAUGGAAAAUCUGCCCCAGAGGAUUUCAUUUCUGACUACAAGCAUUGGAAAAAGUUGUUUCCGAGACAUAUUUGA